ACGCGAUCGACCAUGUCCCUCACGACGACGUGUGCCAACAAGAUGGCGGCCGCCUGCGUCGUCUACGGGCCUGGCAACGAGACCGACCUGAGCCUCGACAGCCGCGGCCGCCUCAACGUCGACGCGCCGGUGACGUCGAUCGAGUCUCUCCCGCCGUCCGCGACCGCCCUGUACGUCCUGGCGCUUUCUCCGUCGCUUGGACUCACGCACUGCAGCUUGAUUGCGUCUAGCACGCUCGCAUUUAUCAACCCGGCGCUCGGCAGCACCAUGGGCGCCGCCUCGCAGCUCGCAUCCAUCUCCGUCCGCUUCAACCGCCUCGGCGAGUCGCUCAACGCUGUCCAGUGGCCGCAGUCCCUCUCCGUGCUCGAUCUCACGGGCAACAAGAUGGGUCAAAUCAACGCGUCUUUUUCAAUCCCCGCCAAGCUCCGAGCCUUAGUCCUCAGCUCCAACCAAAUCACCAGCAUCGACGGCCUCGUCAUUCCGUCGUCGCUGCAGAGCCUGAGCCUCUACGUCAACACGAUCGACACGUUCAACAUCAACGCCGCGUCGUUCGCGGCGCUGUCGCAAGUGCAGCUCUUCACCGAUCGAGCGAUUCGCGCGCUCGAGUGCAAGGGCACGCGCCAGACGUUCCAGGGAGCCGUUGACCCCGACGUCAACGGCGGCCGACCGCUUCUGCACACUGCCUGCGUUCUCGAUGCCAGUGCAGCGGCGCGCCCGGUACGACGCCUCCCCUACCCCUUGCGCUCACCACCGCUAGGUCCCGCCACGGCCGAUGCCUCCAGUGCCGACUCGGGUGCGUCAACCGGUCUCUACGCUGGCGUUGGCAUCGGCGCCGCCGUGCUGAUCCUUCUCCUCGUCGGUGGGCUGCUGCGUCUGCGCCAACGCCGCCGCCCCGACGCCCACUACCUCGACCAUACGACGCCGUCGACCGACAUAUCUCGCAAGCCGAACCCUGCAACUGAGACGCCCGCCGUCGUCAAUGACGGCACGUUUGCGUACACGUACGACAUUCGAUCGGACCCGGAGCUGAACGGGUACCGGAUUCCCAAGCGCGAGUUGCUGCAAAAGCAGAUUUGCGGCAACGGCGGCUUUGCGAUCGUGUACAAAGCGCUCUUCCAAGACCAAGUGGUCGCCGUCAAGGAGCUCCAGGCCGUCCACACGCGCCACGCGACCCACGUCCAGGCGUUCAUGCACGAAAUCCAGCUCUUUUCAACGCUUCAGCAUGACAACAUUGUGCGUUUUGUCGGCGUCUCGUGGACGACCCUGCACGACUUGGCACUUGUGACCGAGUUCUUACCCAACGGCGACCUCCGGGACCUUCUGUUGCGGGAUCUCGACACGCAGAGUCUCCACUGGACGAUGCCGUCAGAUACGUUCCCCGUCUCCAAGCUGCAGAUGGCCGUCAACGUCAUCGACGCUAUCACGUACCUGCAUUCGUUUGAGCCCAAGAUCCUCCACCGCGACCUGAAAUCCCGCAACAUCCUCCUCGAUGCCACCUACGUCGCCAAACUCACGGACUUUGGCAUCAGCCGCUUGGUCGUGGACGAGACCAUGACGCGCGAGGCCGGCACGACUGCGUGGACGGCGCCCGAGGUGCUGCUGAGCGACGGCCACUACAACGAAAAGGCCGACGUCUACUCGUUCGGCGUCGUCCUCUCGGAGCUCGACACGUGGCAAGUGCCGUACGCCACCUCCUCGUCCUCGCAGCCCAUGUCGUCGGUGCAAAUGGCGCUGCUCGUCUCGACCGGCAAGCUCACGCCGACCUUCCGCGACGAUUGCCCCUCUGACAUCUUGGCGCUCGCGAAAGACUGUCUGGCCAUGGACCCAGACGAUCGACCGACAGCAGCCCAUGUGGCCUACGCGCUGCGCAAGCUAGUCCGCCAAGCGCCAUAGAGCAACCAAGCAGCGUCGAAAAAGGAGGAUAUAAUGUUAGAAAAAGCGCAGUUAGCACACGU